AACGCACUCAUUUUAUUAUUUAUCAUCUUUUUCUAGUUUCGCUUGGUGGAUAACUUGAUUACCUAUUUUGAUUUGGAUUUGAAGUUGGCGUUGAAGAAUUCGGGCUGUCUUCAUCUAGCUGCCCAACAUCGGGUGGUAUCUAUGUUCCUGUAUUUGGUGAAAAAAGGAGUGGAUCCAAAUGAAUUGACAACACAUCAUUCUUUUUCGGAAUUAGUUAUGGCAAGGCCCAUGGAUCCUCAACCCUCGUAUCCUUCAAGAAAGAAACAAAGCUAUACCGAUGAACGACAAGAAAUCUAUAAAUUUAUUGAAGCAACUCUUCCUACUUGGGUACAACAUGGUGGUGAUAUUAGACAUUUUCGAACACAUCAAUUUGGUACCUCUACACGUGGGUCGACAUUAUUGUUAAAAGUUGUUAAGCAUGGCGACUCUCGCGUUUUACGGCUCUUUUUGGAUGCGGCGGCAGCAACAGUAAACAAUGACAACAGCAACAGCUCUAGUGAUUCUAUAUCUUCAGCUUUGAGUGAUAUCGUCAAUAUGCCCUCUGGCUCCAAUGAAACUCCUCUUCUUGGUUGUAUCUUAUCAUUAUUGAACAAUACGGAGAAGGAAAUGGAUCGCACAAGCCUAGAAUAUCUGUUGGAUGCUGGCGCCGAUAUCAACUUCAAGUACACAAAUAAAGGUGCAUCCAUUCUUAUGAAGGUGGUGAGCGUGUCGAACAUUCCUAUCAUGAAAAUUAUAUUCGAAAAGUCCAAACAUCCUAUUGAUCAUAUGGUGGUGAACACUGCUGGUAAUACUCCUCUCCUUUUGGCUACUCGUACCAAGAAUCCUGCCUUUUUCGAUUUCUACUUUGAUCAAUUAUUGAAAGAUUGUUCUUCCAGUGAUAUAUCAGAUCUCAUCAAUGGCAACACUCUCCACAACGUAUCCACUUGUCUAGCAGCUCCUAUUCUGAAAAAUCAGCUGUCCAUAGUAAAACGACUUCUUCAACAUGGCGCGGAUCCCAACAUCAAAGGUGUCAACGAUACUGUUCAUCUCUUUCAGGCUGUAUCUAAUGGAUUCAACGACAUAGUAGCUUGUUUGCUUGAAGCGGGUGCUGAUCCAAAUGUAUCUGUAGAUGGAGAUUCUAUACUUCAUUUGGCCAUUCUUAAGGAAAACCUACAAGCUACCAAGUUACUCCUUCAACAUGGUGCUAAUGUCAAUACUGUCAACACAAAGCUCCAAACUCCUUUUCAUUAUGCUAUCAGUAUGACCAUGAAACAAAUGUCCAGGACUUUUCGAAUUGAACGACUACUUUUGGAAACCGGAAAAAUCAAUAUCAAUGCCGUGGAUAUGCUUGGACGAACUGCUCUUCAUCUUGUAUUUACUGAGAAGGAUAUUAUUCCAGUGAUGCACACAACGCAACAACAAAUUCAAAAAUAUUUGCAACUACGUGAACAAGAACGGAAAUCAAAGGAAAAGGAAGAUCAAAUGAAGGGACAAGAAAAAGAAGAAAACAACAAAGAUAUCUGGAAGACUCGUUACCUGGAUCAGUAUGGUGGGAUUGCACGGGAUUGGUUCGAGCAUUCUUAUAACAAGGUGUCAGAAUAUCUUCAAAUCAAGGAAUGUCAGCAAAACAAGGACGGCAAUGAUAGUAGUAAUAAUAAAGACGACGACAAGGACAUUUUGAUGAUAUCUGCAGAAGAACAACAGGUUCUGGAACCUUACAAACAUUUCCUUUUUUCGAAAAACUAUAGCGAUAUGAGUCCGCAAAAUGAUCCUAUCGACGUGGUCAAAUUUUUAUCUGCUAUUCCUGGGAUACUGAUGGAUAUCAAGGACAAGUUUGGCCGACUUGCUCUUCAUUAUGCUGCUAUGGUCGGUGCCUUUACUUGUACAACUUUCUUCCUUGACAAGCAUAACUAUAUCAACUCUGAAGAUCUGGAUCAGAACACACCUCUUCAUUUGGCGUUGCUAUACGGACGAGUGGAUUAUGCCGUAAUGCUUUACAAUUGCGGUGCGACUCCAAAUGCUCUUACUUUACGAUCUGGUGUCAAAGAAUCUAUUUUCUCUUAUGCAGUAAGAAAAUCUUACUUGAACGUGGUAUAUCUUGAUCUUGGAAAAUACACGAAUAUUGUGGAUGGAUUACAAGUUGUGUUACAAACAGGUAACUACUAUUUGGCAAGUAUGCUACUCCAAUCUGCGGACAACGAAACACUUCUUAGUCUUACUAAAAAGACAAAACAGACAUUCUGGCAUCUCAUUAGCAAUUUUGUACCUACAAAAAGGGAUGUUUGGCAAGAUUACCUACCUUUAUUUGUUGAAAAAUUAUGUAGCCUCGAUUUAGAACUUACAGCUGAUAUUUAUGGUCGCACACCAAUACAUUAUGCAGCCAAAUCGAAUCAAAUGACUAUAUUGAAACAUCUUUUGUCUAGACCUAAUUGUCCACUCAAUCAAUUGGAUGUAGAUGGUUAUUCGGAAUUAUGGUAUGCUGUAUCAGCAAGAAAUAUCGACGCUGUCAAGAUGUUGUUGGAAAAUGGAUCUAUGAUCCAGCAAGCCUCCCAACUGGAAAAAAAUCUUUCCUUACUUUCGCAAGCAGUGAUUCAAGGUGAUAUAGGCAUUGUCAAUUUAUUGGUAAUGAAAGGUUGUGGUUUGGAUGAAGAUUCUGGUUAUGGUCGAUCCAGCCCCUUGAUGCUCUCUAUUUGUGAUGGCAAUAUUGAUAUGGUCAAAACACUGGUGAAACAUGGUGCCAAAGUCAACCAACAAUCUCUACUGUCCUCCAACUCUCAUAGCAUCGUCGUCCAUCCCCUUUUUGCUGCUUCAUUACAAUCUGCUGAUAUGUUGACGGUUCUCUUGGAAGCAGGUGCUUCUCCGAACGCCUUGGGUCCGCAAGAUAGCGAUGAUCAAGUAGAUGAAAUGGAUGAAAGAAAAGCGAUCAUUCAAAAUAUGAAGAAUGCCUCUGUUUUCGCAUUCAAUCUACGAAUGAAAAAUAAAGCUUAUAUCAAAUUACUUUUGGAUACCAAUGCUGUGGAUUUGAACUCUUCUUACUAUAUGACUGGCCGAACACUUUUUACUCAGGUCUUUUUUGAAUAUUGUGAUGGCAGUGAUAGCAAUAUUUUCUGGAAGGAUAUUUACGAAUGGAUCUAUGAAGACUAUAUGAAAAAGCAGCCUGAAUACACCAUCCAAGUGAAUAUAGUUGACAAGAUCACAGGAAGAACACCUCUUGAAGCAGCUAUUCGACUUGACAGACAAGAGCUUAUUGAGAACUUGAUGACAAUCGGUGCCGAUCCCAAUUUGAAAAGUUGUCAACUGAAUGCAAAAGCAAACGAUCAACAAGAACAAGUCAAUGCCAUCUUCCAUUGUAUACUGAAUGACAAAUACAAGGCUCUUCGAUUGAUAUAUGCUAAUUCCAAAAUUCCUAUUGAUUGGGCUUAUCAAGAUAGUCGAGGACGAACUACGAUUUCCUGCUUGGUGACCAUGAGAUAUCCUUAUAUUCGGGACGUAUCCAUUAUUUUGAAAGAUCUGGCUUCGGCAAUGGGUCCAAAUUAUCUACAAAUCUUUGCCAUUCCAGAUAAUGAAGGAUUUAUGCCAAUUGAAUAUGCCGCUGUGGGUGGAUGCAAAGAUGUGUAUCAAACGUUACGAGAUCUUGGUCUCCGUCAAUCAGAAAAGGAACCAGCAAUAUCCCAAACUUUACCUACCAAUCCUAUGGAUUACAUAUCUUUACAUACAGUGGAAAAGGACGCAGAAGCUGAACGUGAUUUAUUGCAAGCACAAAAGGAUGAACUCAAAUCACAAACUGAUACUCCUGAUGAUCUGGUGCCUGUGGAUCCCUUAUCUGGACUUGAUCAAGUUGGAAAGAUUGUGUAUGAAAAUGAUGAACCUCUUGAUAUCAUGAUUAUGAAAGUAGAUGUCAAUCAAAAUUCUUAUGGAUGCAACAUGUUUUACAAAAUGUCUGUAAUUUACAAUCAAACACUCAAACUGUAUGUACUUUGGACACGAUGGGGAACGUUUGGUGAAGACGGUUGGCAUCAAAAAGCACCUUAUCAAGACAAGGAUGAUGCUAUACGGGAAUUCAAGUCUAUUUUUCAAGCCAAGACUGCUAAUGAAUGGGAUGAUCGCCAUGCUCAGUUUGUCUACAAACCUGGAAAAUUCGACAUGAUCAAAGCCAAAGUGAUAAAGGAUGUGAUUAUGAAUCCUUCUGAUUUUGAUGUGUUAGAGGAACGCGUACCAUCAACACUUAGUCAUGGUUUGAUGCAAACGAUCUCUGUCAUCUUUUCUUUUGCUGAAGCCAAGCUCGGGUAUCAUCAUCUGGAUAUGGAGCUCCCUAUUGGUCAAAUCCCUCAAUCAAGUAUUGAUCAAGCCAUGUCUAUUUUGAAUGAAUUGGAACCAAAAAUUGGACAAUAUAUCCUUAUGAGAAUUUCAGUAACUACAAUGGAAAAGCAAGAAGCUCGGCAACAAUUGAUCCAUACUAUUGGGCAGGCAACAAAUGAUUAUUAUCGACUUUUACCACGACCUAGCGAUUUCAAGAAUGGAGGAAUCGAACCCUUGUUGACUAAAGCGAUGCUAGAAAGGGAAAGGGCUCGACUGUUGGAAAUUAGUUACGUGAAUUUUUCGGCAAAUGUACUUUUGGCGGCAAGAUAUCGAUCAUCAGAGAUUCAUCAUUUGGAUUAUGCUUAUCGGGCUCUUGGUUGUCAACUGACAGAAAUCUUCCCAUCAUCGUCAUUCAAUGAAUAUGAAAUGAUCAACCAAUAUAUUCAAAGCACCACGGCUAACGAUGACAAGUAUGAAAUCGCCAAUUUAUUUAUGAUACAACGACAGAACGAAAAUGAACGAUACGCGCAGUAUAAAUACAACUCUAAUCGCAAGCUACUUUGGCAUGGAUCAAGAAUCGAUAACUAUAUGGGAAUUCUCAAUCAAGGACUUUUAUGCAAACCUCCUCGAGCUCAGGAAACAGGUGCAAUGUUUGGCAAUGGAAUUUAUUUUGCAGAUAUGUUUUGCAAAUCUGUGAACUAUUCACGAAGUACAAAACGACCAGCAUAUGCGACCUUACUAUUAUGUGAAGUGGCACUUGGUGAAGAAUGUGAAAUGAACUACUAUUAUGAUCCAGAUCUCUACCAACCAAAAAAUAAAGGUCAUUUGUCUGUCAAAGGAUUAGGAAGAUGGAGACCGGAUCCCAUAAAUACCAUUUAUGAUCAAUAUGGCGUGAAGAUACCUCUUGGUCCAGCUACGCAAGCUCCUCCGAUGAAGGAUGAUUGUGAUUAUUCUCUUAGGUAUAACGAGUAUAUUGUCUACAACCCUGCACAAGUCAAGAUGCGGUAUCUGGUCAUGGUACGUGAUAAAUCACGAUGUUACAUCUGCGAAAAACAACAAGCCAAUGGUUCUCUGAAACCUUUGAAGGACCAUACAUUUCAAGAUUAUACCCCGUCUUUCAAUGCGUACGACCGUGAACUUGCUCGCGUAUAUUUGGUACAUAAAAAAGGUGCUGAAUACACUUAUCAAAUGUUUUACGAUCAAGAAUUGGAUGAUUAUCUCAAGACAAAGGAUUUUUCGGAUAAACGACAUCUUCUCAUGAAACCAAUCACAAGAGAAACAGAGGUUUGUACAACAUGUGGUAUCAACAUCAUGGAUGAUAUUAUCAAAAUGGAUAUGGCAAAACAUCCACAUAUCAUACCAGUGGAUAUCAGGACAAGACCAUUAUGCAACCUAGAUGAGAAAUGUCAUUUACAAACCGGACAACAAGCGCAUAAUCAACAAUAUCGUCAUUGGUAGUUUAGUUUAGAUAUUACAG